AGGUAGGAAGCAAAGAUCUUAUAGCGGAGCAAGAUCUUUGAUAGGAAGGUGGGUGACCGGCCGAGUAAAUUGUUGGAAACUUCUAGAAAGUUAGUCGGGUGUACGGCUGAUCAUGAGCGGCCUGUUGUCCGUGGGACAGGCCGGCGGCGACUGGCUGCGAGUUCUCCUCGUCGUGCUCUCGGUGAGAGGAGCUGGGGCCGCCACGUACCUGGGCGACUGCUCGCAACAGGGCCUAAAUUGUACUGUUCUAUCUGGCAACUGUUUGGAUAGCAGCUGGUUUAAAUCCUACAGUUGGACGCCUUCAUUUCCUAAAGACCUUCUGGUGACCUUAAUCAAGCAGAGAAAUCAGAAUGGAUUUGAUAUGCCUGUACUGUCCAUCAGUUGGAAAUUGGCAACAGAUGCUAGUAUAAUAUAUUCUAAAGGAAUAGAGAUCUCUAUGAAAAAAUUGAGUACUGGAGAGGAAAAGUGCAUACAAUACCGGUUCAAUAACCCCAUAACCAGCCAAAUGAAUUCAAACAAAGAGAAGUGGGCCUUCUCAUUGGAGAGAUUUGAGGUAGAUCCAAACGAGAGGUACACAGUGUCGGCAUGCAGUUUACCAAGAGCCAACAUCAAUCAAGAUAAUGUUUGUCCAUCACUCCAUUAUCACGUGCCUGGUUGCCGAGAUGACCUGAUGAAGUAUACAGAGGUGUGCAAACGAAGAGGCAGUCUGUGGAAUCCUAACAUUACAUACAUUCGAAGUGAAAUGAAGAUGGCUAUCUUCUUCCAGGCUGCAAAUCAUUCUUCUAAGUACGACAUCAUGCUGCAGAGUUACGAUGGAGAAAAUAAAUGCAAUUCGGCUGUGGAAACUAUUGAGGAGCAGGCAUUGGAACAAAGAGUUAAUGUAACUUUUUCAACUGUAAACUGGAUGGCAAGCUGCACUGCUUAUGAAAUUAUGAUUAUUCCAUAUUUCGAAGGUUGCCAACAUGACUGUGUGCGGGUUAUUGUGCGUGUCCCAGUGCCAGAAACAACACCAAUAACACCAAUAAUAUCACCACUCGAGCCAGCUCCAGCUGAGAAAACACACAUUUAUACUGGUGUUGGUGUCAUGGUUUUGGUGAUUGCUAUUGGCUGCAUAUAUUGGAUACAGAAAAAAUCUAAAGCAAAGGAAAUGCUGAAACUUCCAAAAAAAGAGCCAUCUUGUGGUAUAUACCGAGAAAUUCCACAGAUGCGCAAAAAAGUCCUCAUCAUUUAUUCGCUGGACCACAACCUCUACCAGAACGUUGUUCUGGCAUUUGCACAGUUCCUGAUGACUGUCUGUGGUACCGAAGUGACCUUGGAUUGUUUGCAGGGUAAUGAGGCCGCUCAAGUGGGGCACAUCAAUUGGCUCGCGUUACACAAAAAUGAGUCUGACAAAAUUAUAAUUCUGUGCUCCCGUGGAACAAGGGCAAAGUGGGAAGCUAUGCUGAGCAUCGGUAGAAGGCAGGUUUUGCUGAAAAGUGAAGAACGCUCCCCGAUGCACGACAUGUUUACUCCUGCCAUGUACCUGAUUUUGCCCGACUUUAAACGGCCAGCUUCAUUUGGGAAAUACAUUGUCGCCUAUUUUGAUGACCUGAGCAGUGAAGAUGAUGUACCUGAUCCAUUUAAUGUUGCCGUCAAGUAUAAACUAAUGAAACAGUUUGAAGAAAUACACUUCAGAGUGCAAGAUUUGGAAAAAUACGAGCCAGGAAAGACUUUCCAUGUGGCAGGAAUAUCAGUGGAUGAUUAUCACAAACACCCGUCUGGCGAAAAACUGAAAAAUGCAGUUCAGAAGUUUAAGAUGUUGCAAAUGCAGCAACCAGACUGGUUUGAAAAAGAAUGCAUCAUGUCCCCAGAUGAAGCCGGGAUGGAAGAAGAAGCAUCUUUUGAUUGUCCAGCAAUGGAACAAAAUAUCUUGCAAUACAAGCCUUAUGGCACGCCUUGCACUGUGAAUGAAAUAUGCAUGGCCAAAUCAAGUGAUGAGACGUUUGUAAGGUGCCCAGUAGGAUUUGAGUGUUCAGUCCAGGACAUGGGUUUGUCACAAAAUGUGAUUGAAAUAGACUGCAAUGAAGCACGAGCCCUGAACCCAGUACACACUUUAGAGCCAUUGAUCUGCACAUCCAUAAUGGACUGUCGCCAGAAUGUUUUAAACUGCUCUAAUGUUGAAUCUCUGCCACAGUCAGGAGAAUCGUUGCCAUCAGAAAUGAUGCAGAAUGAGCUGGGGAAUGUGCCUCCGUAUACUAGUGAAAGCAGCGUCACAGUGAAUGAACCUGUGGUGGACUCGGCUGCGGAACAGAACUCGUGCAUUUCUGAUGAUACAAGGAGGAGACUUCAUGAAUUGCAGCAGAUGUGCCUUUCCUGGCAUAUGACGUCGACUGCCACCUCAGCCAGUCCACAAUCUCGCGACCCCCCAGAAUUGGAAGAAAAUGUAGAUUCAGACCGGGGGUACAGCUCCCAACAAUCAAUUGCUGAAAUGUCACCAUUAGCGAGCAUGAGCCCUUCUGAGCAGCAAUUAAAUGACUUAAAACUGUUGCAGAUAACUUUACAUAAUGAGAGUAAUGGAGUGAAUAGCUAGAAGGUGAGAAUGGUCAACAUUGCUCAAUGCAUAAGCCCUUAAUGCAGGAUGGUGAAUAUGUCAUUUGGAGGUAUGGCAGUCUUAAUAUUUUGGCUAUGUUGUUGCACACAUGCCUGUACAUUGCACACAGAUCUAUUUUAAAACAAUAUUAAAUGAAAGACAAAUCAGAUUUAAAAUUCUUGUAUAAGAGCACAUUAAUGUUGAUGUCCUGGGUGUGGUCAUGUUUGUAUUUGAAGGGUACUGUUGAUAUUGUGGUAAAAUGGACACUAUCUCCAAUGUCCAAGAUCUUCACAUUGUGUUUUUGAUUUUUGUUUUUGGACUGAAUUCUGUUUUUAAUUUGUGUUUCUGUGAUGUCUUUAUUAUUUAUUUUAUUCUGAUUAUAUGUUUAUAUUCCUGUUAACCUAUGUAAGAUGUCCUUGAGAUAUCUGAAAGGCGCCCAAUAAAUAAAAUUUAUUAUUAUUAAGAUCGACAUAUGUUUGAAACAAUCUGAUUAUAGAUAUAACUAGACUAAGUGGGACCCCGUUGGGUCCCAGCAUCACACAGGAGUAUUGGGCCCCCAAAGCAAUAUUCCACCUCUCCACCAAUUCCAAUAUUGGUGGCCAGUGAGGGAGCUUUCUGGAGCGCUAGUAUGGGUGUUGUGGGAUGAAGGGACUGGUUUCCAGAGGGCUAGUAUGGACAUUGUGGGCCGAAUGGAUUCUUGGGCUGGCCGCUCAGUCAUUCAAGCCUGUUGUGCUGGCAGCUCAUUCACUCAUGGCUCGUGGGCUCGCAGCUAAUCCUUGAAAUUCCAUUUCAGGCAGGGUGCAAGGCCACCAAGUUCAAGUGCAGUUUCAUACCAUUUCAAGCAGGGUGCAAGGCCACUAAAGACAGCGAGUCGUGACCUCUCCCUCCCCCAUCUUGCAGAGACUGAGCCACGCCCACACUUCUGGGUUUUAUAGUCCCUCCCCCUUCCCACCAGAAGGGGCGUGGCCUUCAUGGCGUGAUUGACUGGAGAGAGAAUCUCAAAGGCAAGAGAAACCAAAGGCAAGGCAGCUUUAGCACUUUCAAACCAAAGGCCGCGCAGCUUUAGCACUUUCAAACCAAAGGCCGCGCAGCUUUAGCACUUUCAAACCAAAGGCAAGGCAGCUUUAGCAUUUUCAAACCAAACACACUUUCAAACUACAUUUUCAAACCACAUUAAAGACACUGACAGGUCAGUAAAACCACUCACAGUUUAGUUGACAUGUGUUCAGUGUCAUUCACCUCCCGCUCCCCCGUCUUGCAGAGAACUGAGGCACCUCCACACUUCCGGGUGUUAUAGUCCCUCCGGAAGGGACAUGGCCUUCAGGAGAGAGAAUCUCAACAUUAAUAAGUCUUUUAUUUUUCAUCGAUGGGAAAAAUCCUCUUGUCCUGCGCAGCGGAUGGGGACUCUGAGUAAGAUGAGUAAGACUAGCCUCUAAAUUAGGCCACAUGAACAAUUUAUAGGGACUAAACCUAUAUAGGGAUUAUUCUCUGCAAUUUGCUGGAAGAAUGUCAUGAAACAAUAUGAAAUUGUCUAAAGGGUCCUGACCCACUACGUCACCUAUCCACUUUCCCCAGAGAUACCGCCUGACCCGCUGCGUUACUCCAGUAUUUUGUGUCCCAUCCUGUUUAUGAUAAGGUAAUCGCUCAACAGAUAGCAGCAUUCAGAAGGAGCUUGCUAGAAUGCUCUCAGAAUAUAUAGUCUUAAUCUCCCUGGAAAAUUUAGGAUUACCUGCUUGCUUAUCUUUGCUCUGACGACUUCCUUUCCAGUUGUGGAUAAUCGCUUUGUUGCAUUUGUGAAAACAACUUUGUUCAGAAGAUGUAAUGCAUUAAAUGAUUGCAUCCAACACUGCAUAGACUCAGUGAACUUUUAUAACAUUUGAGAGCUGAUGUGUUAGCAACUUGAUGGGUUUUGCAUAUUCCUGCAAUUGGAAAAUGUGCCAUCCAAGAAAGGUUUGGGUUGAGUGUUGGAGAUGGAGCUAGAGAUGGAAAAUGGAUGUCAGUGUGGAGCGAGAAAGGUAUGGUUGUGCGUGGGGGGAAAUCUGAGGAUUUGAAACCAUUUUUGGGUUGUUAGGACAUGGAUAAUCAGAAAAGGUAGGUGAGUGGAGGUGGGAGAGAAGGACCCUGAAAGAUAACAAUGGGAUUUGUGCUGGUGAGGCCCCAGUCCAACAGUGUUUGUGAGUCAAUAUGGUCUAAUUUCUCCUGCAACGUUCCAUAAAAAGGAUUAGUAAAGGGCUGAUGUAAUUAGGUGUGCCUCAUGUAAAAAUGGUGUGAGAUGCACAAGUCCAAAUCGCAUCAAGAAUGAUUCAGUCUGAAGAAGGGUUCCCACCCGAAGCGUCUUCUGUCCAUUUCCCUCCACAGAUGCUGCCUGAUCUACUGAGUUCCACCAACACUUUUUUGAUUUCAGCAUCUGCACACUCGUGAACUCACAUUGAGAAAUGCCUUGUUGAAAUUCUGGAGUUAUGUAGAGGCAAACCUUGAAUUGAUCCUUAAAAGUCAGGCAUCGACAGGUUAGUUCCCCAUAAAUUGUGAACCUUGAUAAUGUCUUAGAGGUGAAGAGGAGCUUUGAUUGGGAAUCAUUCAAUCAAGGAGAAAGUAAUGGAAAUUCCUGAGAAUGUAUAUGAUAUUUGUGCUGUGCUUGUGUAAUUAGUGUUGCUAAUAUUGGCAUGCCAUAUUAAUGACAAUGAGAAUAUUGUCUCUGCUCCUGACUGUAAAUAAAUGUUUUUAUUCAUA